UGAGAGCAUACUGACCCAUGACUCCAACUCAGGAUUCCAACUCACGAACACAGGACUGGAGCUCUCUCCCAAAUACAGGUUAAAGUACAUGCAAGUUACACCCACUGCUUGUCUCAAUAUCUGAACUUGAUCCAUGAAUGUGAAAUGGAAUUUGCAUGUAAAUAUGUCUACGUACCACCAGUGUUUGAGAAACCUAAACGUUCAGCCUUACUACCCCCUGUGAAAAAAGUCCGUCCACGCACCCCCCCUCCACCUCCUCCUACUCCCCCCAGAGAGCUGGUGGGCCCCCUGUCCCCGGCCUCAGCCUCCCCCAACACUCUCCAGGUGGAGCAGCACCCACCCCACCCACGCCCCCGCUCAGCUCCACCUUCCCCCAGGUUGAGGUCAUCCCCCUCCAGUCCUCCGACCGUAGAGCCCAGGGUCAGCCCAGGCCCCGCCAAAGGCCAGCCAGUACAGGAAGAGCAUUACUGCUCCGUUCUACCAGGGCAUGAACCGGACAAGACACGUCGCUUCAGCGCUGACCCCCCCAGAACCCAUCCUCUCAUAGGCCCUCCUCUUCCUCCUCGCCCUGCCUUCCUGACAAAGUUCCCAGAGUACAUCGAUGUCUUCCCCACCACUUCCCCCCUGUCCCCUUCCCAUUCAACCUCCCCGCUCUCCCCCAACUCUGAAGGUCCUCCUAGAAGUUCUUGCCCUUUCCCAUCAUCAGGCUCUACAGACAAGCAGCCGCUGCCAGGCAACCCCAACGUCAUACUAAUAGACUUGGAUAAACUAACAGACACAAAUGACAGGUUCAUUGAUGGAGAGCCCCCUGCGUGCCCUACGUGUGGUUCAGUGCUGGAUUCCUGCUAUGACAAUGUGGUGGGGUCCUGCUACUUCUGCCAGUCCUGGGAGACGUCCGGUGAUAACCCGGCCAUUUCCCCGCCCUGCUCCCCCUCGGCUCCCUGCGAGGACAGCCUCUUCCAGCUGACCCCUGACCAGGAGGCCCAGGCCCCGGACACGCUCCUCGUGUUCUGUAUCGACAUCUCGGGGUCCAUGAGCAUAACCUCCAGGAUACAACAAGCCGACGGACUUAUCUACAAAUCACGUCUGGAGUUUGUGCAGGAGGCUCUGCUGGAGUGUGUUCGGGAUCUCAGUCGGACCGAAUCCAGCACCCGAGUGGCUCUGGUCUCCUUCAAUAAUGAGGUUACAAUGCAUGGACAUACCGAUGUGAUCUCUUGGAAAAUAGUUGGGCAUGACUUAAUAGACGGUGAAUUCUUGAAGAACGCAGGCCUCACCUUUCCAAUGCCACCCCCAAUCAGUGAAGCAUGGGACAGCUUUCAAGCAGAGAUUUAUGGGCUUCAAGAAGGUGGAGCCACAGCGUUAGGUCCUGCUGCUGCUGUUGCCAUAGGAAUGGCCUCUCAGCUUCCUGGGUCAAAGGUGCUGAUCUGUACAGAUGGCAGGGCUAACACCGACCUGGGGGACCUGGAAGCAGAGGACAAGGACUCCUGCACACUCGUCUCCUCCACCAUCUUCUACAAGGACUUGGGAGAGUACGCCGCCAGCAAUGGGGUGACCGUGUCAGUCAUGUCUUUUGAGGGGACAGAUUGCAGGCUGGAUGAGCUGGGUAGACUGGCAGACUGCACAGGAGGAGAGGUGGUCAUUUCCAGCCCUGAGCAGCUCUACAGUGCAUUUCACGGCGCGAUUGAGAACAGAACCAAGGCCACACACUGCACAGCCACUCUGCUGCUGCCCACCACGCUGUGUGUGAAAGGGGAAAGGGAGACGGGGCAUUGUGUGGUCAGAAAGGUUGGGAACGUGAUGCCCCACACUGAGCUCACUCUCCAGUUUGGACUGAGAGACCAGAAGGAACACAGCCCAGUUCUCUUGUCUACAGGUAGUGUAUGUGUACAGCUCCAGGUGAAGUACAGGAGGAGGGAUGGACUGAGAAUGCUCAGAAUCAUCACCAUGCGCAAGGAGGUCACCAGCAACAGUUCUAUGGUUCUGUCCUCUGUCUGUCUCUCCGUGCUGCACCUGAACGCCGUUCAGAACAGUGCCGCUCUGGCGGUGAGGGGCCGACUCCGGGAUGCUCAGAAAGAGCAAGAGACGCAGAUAGAACUGAUACAGCGAGCUGUUGAAUUUCAACAGAAUUCUGGACAUGAACUGAUGCAUACAGAAUGGGUGAAAGCCAUGGACCCACUAUACAACAUCUACAACUAUACACGGGGGAAUCCAGUUUCAUCUUUGAACUCACAAUCUCUGACUGAUAAAGGAGCAGCCUUACUCUUUGGACUGAAACAUGGCAACAGGAUGUCAAUCACACCCAGGGGCGGAGACAGAACCCUCUCUGAUCGGUAAAAUUGGUGAUGCAAUCUGAUCUGUUCUUAUUGUUUUAACCAGUACAGUAUUGGACAACAGGACAUAUGGAUGGCCGCCAUGGUUCACACAUGGGUCUCACUGUACCCAGAUGUGUGUUUGCUACAUGAAAUGUCUAUGAGCAGUGUGCUGCUGACUGGACAACGCCAGCAAUCUGCAACUGACAUAGUGGACAGUCAGAGGGACAUUGAAUUGUGUGCUGCUGGCACACAAAUGCUAGAUCACGAAGAGUCAUUUUUACUCAGACAGCUCAUUCACUACACUGACCAUACUGUAUAUCUCAUUUUCCCCUAAAAUAUGUUCUGUGUUCAAUAUGUUGGAAGUGGAUGAGAGUAUCUGAGCAAUAAAAUGGUUGACUUUCUA